AUGGCACCGAGAAGAUAUCGUCACGAUUUUCGAUCCUGCGGCAGAAAUUCGCACGAGGACAAGAAUAGUCCGAGAGUAGUUACCGAGACCUGCGACUCGACCCCCGAAAUUCAUAGGCGAAAAGACCGGGUCCACCGGGUUAGAUCUCGCGGUAAAAAGCUCAAUAUCCCAAAGCUCGUAUAUAAGUUUUUGGGAACCGUGGCCAGCCUCGAAGCUGACGACGUUGACGAGGAACCUGCUGCACGUAUCGCUCGUAAAUCCUCCGCCGAAGGCAACAAGAAAUCCAAAAAGGAACAAAAACGGCAUCCGAACGCUGUUCGCGUUGCCACUAAAAGCAUCGACGAGUCAAGCACUUCCGUCACUGCCAGGAGCGAGGAGACCAAUUCUACGGCCUGCACCGUUCCCUCAACCCCCGCAAGCACUGCUUCCGGUAUCGGAACGGGAAAGAAAUUCUCCAUACAGGCCAUCAAGGAUUACAUCAAGGCCGGCAUCGCCGAAGGUAAACGACGCGCCAAGAAGUACAUGUGCAAAGCUCUCUCUUUCGGCGUGGACAAGGGUUACUUAAUCCCAACGGACUCCGAGGGUCAAAUCCUACGCGUGUCCUCAGCCCUGGCGAAUUUCAACGCCCAGAAGGACGACAGCGAGCGGGAAAUGAGGCAGAAGCUUCGAAGGGGUGACGCAGCUUCCACGAGUGAGGAGCGAAAGCUUCUUCGACGUCGAGCAGUUGCCGCUCCUCGGAAGAGAGCGAGGUCUCCUUCCUCCGUGCCGAGCAGCACUUCUUCGACAAAGAGAUCUCGCCCCAGGACCAAGAAGCCGAAAUACGCCAGGCGCAUCAAGAGGCAGAAGACGAAAGGCGGUAGGAAAGCGAAGCGGAAACGUCGACUCGGGCGGCCAAGGAGUCGAGUAAACUCGGCAAAAAUUAAGGAGGAGGAAUCUAGUCCCGGGGUAAAAACGCGGGAUAAAGACGAGGACGAAGCUGAAGUUGAGGAGGCCAGCUUGCAGGAUAAACCGUCGACGAUUUCCAUGCAGGAUCGGAAGGAUACGAAGAGAAAAUACAUUGAGAAGAAAAAAGGCUCGGACCGUUCGAUCGAGGAAAAUAGCUCGGAGGGUGCAGAUAUGAAGGAAAAGUAG